AUGCAUCUCCUUAAGUAUAUGCACAUUCAACCACCUACUGCAAAGGGCUAUGAAUGUAUCAUAAAGUUGAUGAAUAAGUGGACAAAAGGAUUCAUCUUUGGAGCAUGUUAUAGAUUUCAGAUCAACUCGCUUCAACUGACAGGAUCUCAAGUUCAGCCCACCAAAGGGGAGAAAGUCUUGGAGAAGUUGCUUCAGAAACGUCAAAUCUCAUCUAGGCGUCAAGACCACCUAAACUACGUCUUGGCCGAUUUUUAUAUACUGUGGCCAUCCCACUCGACGACAAGAAAUUUGACCGUACGAUCUCCGCUUUGGACCACAUCCUCGUCGAUUUCUACACCCUCUCGGUGUGGCCACCGCAGGCGGCUUGCUCCCGAGUUGGAUGCAGCUGCUCCAUUUCUGGCUCAGUUUAAUGAACCAAUACUGAUUGCUAAGAUAAAUGCUGACAAAUACAGAAAGUUCCCUUCCAAAUACGAAAUAGAGUUGUUGUCUCAGAAACUCUGGAUGACGAUGAUCGAGGUUCACAGUUUAGUCGAUUCUUUGAAGGAUAUAGAGAAGGGAAAACGAUGAAAGGAAGAUCGUCGGCCCUUUGGCUUCAUUAACUCAAUGAUAAGCAUUAGGACCAUCUACCUUAUUGUAUUCAAUCGUUGAUGUAGUUCUAGUGUUCAUUCGAAGCUUUAGAAUGAAGGGGCUGCUUGUUUGGGGGGUUUGGAAUGAGAAUGGAAUGAAAUUUGGUGCUUGGUUUGGGGAAAUAAUGGUGGGACUCACGGAUUCAUUCCUCUAAAUAUAGGAAUGGACUAUUACUGAGUAAUAUGGGGAUACGGGAAUCAUUCCCAUUUCAUAAAUAUUUGUAAUCAUUCCUAUUCUCAUUCCCUUACCCGAACCAAAUGCCCCCUUAGUGUGAGGAUAC